CUAGGAGCAGUUGGUAAAGCAUAACGUUGUACCCGUAAUGGGUACAUAUUUUGUUACAUUUUUAAUCAAGCUGAGAAGCAGCUGGAAAAAAGAGAGCUUGUCUCUCAGAUACAACCAAGGAAUCUCGGAAGAUACUCACCGACCUGAGCCAGACCUCCGCCUCUUGAUGUCCAGGCCGCAAAAUAGUUUGCUUCAUAGCACACAAUAGAACCUUUCAUAGACACAACUGUUAUCUAGUUGUGUGUUUUCUAUAUCUGUCAUUGAAUUAUAGAUAUUCAUAUUUGUACCGAAUUGAGUGAACUUCCAAUCAGUAACAUCCAGUCUGUAUAUGAUAUGAUUCAUAUCGUAUGCAUUCUCUGUUCGGAGGUAUGGGAAAGAAAGCGGGAAGUGCAGUAUCUGAUUCGUUUCCCACCCCUAUCAUUAGGUUGAAAGGAUGAGGAAAGGACUACACCCUCAGAUGCAGUGGAUCUCAUAUGUGACGCAGAGUGGCAGGCUGAUCAACGUCAUGAUGACCAAGGUGAACCAUACCGGCAAAGUGUACCACAUGAGGGCAAAGCGGCAGAUGGCUCAAAGCCUGGGACAGAUCGCAAAGUUCAAACGCCGCUACGAGCAGGAAGCGGAGGAGAACAAGGACAACAAGUAGGGUGCUGUUAGCCUUGAGCAGAUUUGUUUACUGCUUCAGGUUUUAGCUAGUGAGCUUCGUUAAUGGAAGUUUUCUUGGUUAAUUUGAGCUAUUCUUCCAUCUCAGGGACAAUUCGGUUUAACCUCUGCUCGUUUUAAGCUGUGCCAUUUGCACUUUGGGUCGAGUUUCCUUUGUUGCUCUCUUUCGCUCGAAUUCUCGAAAGAAAAGUGAAACCAAUUAGUAUCA